AUGGAAGGCGUAGAUGGAGCUCAAGAACAAUCUCAGCCUCAGCAACAACCACCCAGGGUUGUGGAAAGGCUGAACACGGCGGUCCAGCAGCAACUCAACCUUGACUCCGUUAAAACUAGAGCCAUCAGCCUCUUCAAAGCCAUCUCUCGCAUCCUCGAAGAACUCGACGCCAUCGCUCGCACCAAUUCUGUCCCCAAAUGGCAAGAUAUUUUGGGGCAAUUUUCAAUGGUGAAUCUUGAGCUUUUUAACAUUGUGGAAGACAUCAAGAAGGUUUCCAAGGCUUUUGUUGUACAUCCGAAGAAUGUUAAUGCAGAGAAUGCUACAAGUAUGAACUUGCUUCCUUCUCUUUGAACCUAAUUUCCUGGAGACAAUAUUUAUAUGGUCUUUCCAUUUAAUUACUAUAUAAUGUAAGCAAUAUAUAACAACAAAAGGAAAAUUAGUCGUUUGAAGAAAGUCAUAUCCAUUUGUUUGAAUAUUAAGGGUUAAUGUUUGAAGUUUUCCACCAUCAAAUAGAUAUUCAGAAUAAUUUGUAUAAAAAUUAAAAUAUAUUGACUUCUCAGUG